AUGAAUCUUCAAGACUACCCUGUUCCAGAGUUGGAUGUCACCUUGCAAGAGGUGGGCCGUGUCCUACAGCUCACCUUAAGUCCCAAUCUUUACCCCGAGUUCAAAAGCACGCUGGAACAGCAGAAGGAGUUCCUUCAAGAGGCCCAGCAGAAAUUAACAACCAGUGCUGCAGGCCAAGAGAAUUGGGUGACAGAGCAGUUCAAGAGAAGUCUGUUAUCUUGUUUCGACCCCCUGCCUACUUCCACAGCCCUCCCUGUUGUACUUCUUCCGUCCAAAUCAAAGAAAUGUACCCAGCUGGGGAGGGCAGCCGCUCUGCUCUGGGCAGCAGCAAAGCUGUACAGUGAGCCCUUGUUAUUGGAAGGUGAUGUGCCAAUGGAGCGCACACAGCAGUCUGAGGUAUUCGCUGCCAGCCGGAUUCCUGGCAGGAAUCGAGAUGAAAUAAAGGUCUACACAGAGAGCCUUCAUGCCAUCAUCACCUGUGCUGCAGGAGUGUUCCCUGUUGACAUACUGUGGCGUCCAAGCACUGGUGGGCCAGUUUCUGCUCGAUCAUUUGUUGACAUCUACAACCAUUUGGCUAAGGUGGUAGAUCAACCCAGUGCAGAAAAACAGAAUGAUCCCUCAGUCAUUUGCAGUCUCUCAGCUCUGGAGCGCAAAACCUGGGCUGCCAUCAGGGAAGAGAUCCUGGGGAAAGGAGGAGCAGAAGCAGCAUCACUGGGGCUGAUGGAGAGUGCCGUGCUGGCACUAUGUCUGGAAGACCACAAUGCACCCUCUGAACUGUCUGAUGUCCUCAAUGCAGUGAGACUGGGAGGGGGAGGAGACAGUCCGUGUCUGAGAUACUAUGAUAAGGUGGUGAAUCUGGUGGUGUUCAAGGACAGCACAGCUGGGAUGGUGUUUGAGCACAGUGCUGUGGAUGGGAUGGUGGCAGGGCUUGUGACUGAGCAUGUGUAUCAUCUGUCUGAGACAGCCGACUUAAACCUUGUCCAUACUGACACAGAAAAUGUGAACGGGUCUGUCAAAGUGAACAUUGCUAAUGCUAAUUCUAUUUUCCCAACUCCCUUAACAUUACCCUUGCAAGGGGUGAAUAUCCCCAAGCCAAGCCCUGACUUGAAAGUGACAAAUCCAGUUCUCACUUUUGAUGUGUCUUCCUAUCCUGAUGUCUUUUCUACUCUCAGAGGGCAGAGAGGCCUUUAUGAUGCUUGGAUCAACUUCUCUUUGCAGCUUUCCCUGAUGCAAACUCUUGGGGAAUCUGCUGUCAAUCACAUACUUGUCACACCAACCCAUAUGCGCCACUAUAAACAUGGCCGUUGUGAUCCUACAUACUCACUCACCAUGCAGUCACGCAAGUUAGUAGGUGCCUUGGCAUCCUGCAUUAGCCCAAACAAGACAAUGCAAUACACUACUGACCUCCUACGCUUGUUCCAUGUUGCAUUUUUGGAACACAAAAGCCUCAUCAAAAACACCAAAAGUGGUCACGGUGUUGGUCCCCACCUAGCUGCCCUGCGUCGAUCUUUGCCAUCUGACAAUCCAUUGAAGAAGUUUCUGGACCCCUUUGGAUGUCCAUCUGUGUACCUCACAGGUACAGAUCUGAAGGAGGGUGUGGAGUGUGGAGUAGGAAAUGUUUAUGCCCAAGACCAGCUGGCUAUAACCUACCUGGGCAAGAGAGACAAGGUUCGCAUUGUGCUUAAUGGCAAAGGGAGCUUUGCUCUGACACUGGAGAAGCUUCAAGAAAACUUGAAGGUAAACCUGAAGUUAGUGAUGCUUCUAGCUGUCAGAUAUGCCAUUGCAUGCCAAAUGGGAGCCUUGGAGUGUCUACUCAAACAGGGUCAAACUGAGAAAAUGAAUGGAGAGAUAUACCAGUGCGCAGGGAGCCUAAACAACCACAAAACUACUUCUGAACCUACCACAGGAAUGAGCCCAGACCAUACUCUGGUGAUUCACGGUGGUGCUGGAGAGGAGAUGAUGCUGAACCCCCAUGUGAUUGGGGUUAUUGAGUUUGCUCUGCAGACAGCCUUAACCCUUGGAUCUCAAGUACUUCAACAAGGUGGCAGGAGUUUGGAUGCAGUUCAGAGGUCAGUGGAAGCUCUGGAAGACUGCUUCCUGUUCAAUGCAGGCAAAGGCUCAGUAUUCAACAAAGAUGGCAAAAAUGAAAUGGAAGCAACCAUUGUAGAUGGCAAUUCACUGAGGUCAGGAUCUGUUGCUUGUGUGCAAAGUGUGAAGAACCCAAUAAAAGCAGCCAGAUGUGUCAUGGAGAAAAGUUCUCAUUCACUCAUUGUGGGAGAUGGGGCUGAGGAGUUUCUGCAAGGGUUGGAGGAGAAGGGGAAGCCUGUUGGGCCUGAGUAUUUCUACACUGAUAUACGUCACAGAGAGUUGAAUGCAAAACUCAGUGCUGGAAAUAUCUCAAAAAACAAUCACCCUCAGACAGUUGGAGCUGUGGCCUUAGAUCGUUGGCAUGGAUUGGCUGCUGCAUCAUCCACUGGCGGGUUAGUAGGAAAGCUGAAAGGGCGAGUUGGGGAUACAGCAGUUGUGGGGGCAGGAAUAUAUGCUGAUGACAUGUUAGCUAUUAGCUGCUCUGGAGAUGGAGAUGUGUUCCUGAGGCACACAGUUGCAGAGAAAAUAGCCAGCCUCUACCAUCACAAAGGCUAUAGUCUUAGGCAGGCAUGUAGAGAAGUGAUGACUGAAAAUCUGGAAGGGGUUUGUGCAGGAAUCAUUGCUGUGGACACUAAAGGUGAUGCCAUCAUUGAAACAAAUGCUGGUGUGAUGUUUGUGGCCUCAAUGAUAAGUGGCAUUUCAAGAGUGGAGGUCUUAAGGCCCUUAAAGAGCUUCUCUGAUGUGAUCUGGGAAACAGAUGAGCUGGUUGCCUACCUCGAUCCAAGCCCUUGGAUCCCUGGGUCAACCAUCUUGACUCGAAAAACUUUAAGUGGGGUAAGCAGCAUCUUCCAGUUAGCUGCACCUGAUUAUGUGGCCAUGCUACAAGGAGCAAAAGCGGUGUCAAGUUUGCUAUGUGAGCAACUGGGAGUGCAGCGCUGUGCCUUGGUUUUCAAUCCAAGCCCAGAUCAGCCAGCACAAAUCAGAGUGCUCCCACUUCAUGGUUUAGAGUCAAAGUGGCAGCCCCAUCUUGCCAGUGAAGAGGAAUUUCACACUUACGACCCCGGCUACUGCACCUCAAAAAGUGGCCCACGCUGGGAUGAUGAAGCACUGACCCAGGUUCAAGCCAAGAUCAGAAACGGACUGCCAACAUCAAAUGCACCUUCUUGCUUUGACUUUUUUGGUGACCCUUCUGAUGAAAACCUGUUCAGUCGUAUUGUACGUGGAGAUCAGCAGCAGUGGAGAGUGUGGGAAGACAACGAGCAUGUUGCCUUCCUAACACCGUACCCAAACACUCCAGGGCUAACUGUUGUGGUGCCACGCAAACCACUGCCCAGCGACAUCUUCAAACUAGGAGAGUGUGACUAUGAAGCACUGAUCCUGGCCACUUAUAAAGUUGCGCGACUACUGGAAGAAGGAAUGAGAGCUCGAGCUGUUGCUCUGAUCUUUGAGGGCUUUGAGAUUGACUACGCUCAUGUCAAGCUGAUCCCUUUGUUACCUUCACCAGAUGGCAUUAAGACUGCCAAACCACAACCAGAAUGUUUCCAAAGCUACCCAGGAUAUGUGUCAUCACUGAGUGGCCCAGCUGCUGACCCUGAGACUCUCAAAAAGAUCCACACAAAAAUCACCCAGUGCAGGCCUCCACACUCAUGGGAAGACCCUCAGUCCCACUCCACACUUGCCAUCAAGAGCCAAUGGUACCGCAACUUGUUCCAGAUUCAAAACACUCUUUUCCACAGCACAGUGGAAUAUUUCCACAGUUCCUGCCGGUACUCCUACGCUCUCACUCCCCUCACCACAGACACCAUCUCCUCACCAAUGGGCCUGGGAUCUGACUCCGAGCCAGUUUCUGUUAACCUGCUGGGCCAGGACAUCUACCUGGCUGAUUCAAUGCAGUUUGUUCUUGAAUAUUUCCUUCGCUUUCAGGAGAACCUUCCAGGAACCUACUAUAUAUCGCCCAGCUUUAGAGGGGAAGAUCCUGAUGCCACACAUUUGAACCAGUUCUACCACGUGGAGUGUGAACUGUUGGGUGACAUGGACAAUGCCAUUUCCAUAGCAGAGGGAUACCUGGCUCACCUCACCAAGUCCAUGUUGAAGAAACACAGCGAUAUAAUCCUCAACACUGCUGGGACCCUGACACACGUCAAAGCCAUGCUGAGUAAACUGGAUGGAAGAACCCCACUACCAAGAGUCACUCUAGACCAGGCCAUUCCCAUGAUGCCCUCUGCUGACUGCUUAGAAUGGGUACAAGAUGGCCAGCCCCAGUUUGGCCGAAAGCUAACACGCAAAGGAGAGCGAGUGUUGAUAGAGAAAUAUGGUGGUGCAGUUUGGCUGACUGAGAUGGACCAUCUAGGAGUUCCCUUUUACCAAGCAUAUGUGGAGGGCACUGGGCGAUGCAAAGCCAAAGCAUCUGACCUUCUGCUGGGGCUGGGUGAAACUGUGGGUCUUGGUGAACGUCAUUCCACCCCUGAGAUGGUACAGGAGGCUCUCAAACACCAUGCAGUGCCAGAGCAGCCCUACAAGUGGUACCUAAACAUCCGCCAGGUGAAACCACUCCUCACCAGUGGAUGGGGUAUGGGAACAGAGCGCUACCUGUGUUGGCUGCUUCAGCAUGAUGACAUCAGAGAUAUCCACAUCAUUCCUAGGAUGAAAGGAAUGAAGUACAUGCCCUGA